AUGCCGGAGGCCGUAGCUACUACAGCAUGCGGGUCGAUGGAGGUGGGUCCGGUGGUGAUUCCGCAGUUGGACUCGUUUCCACCCACCGGCACACCCAAGCAUGCCAAGAUGGGCUCGUGGGAGUUCUACCGAUCCAUCGGAUCGCCGCGCCGCGUAGUCGCUCCCAUGGUGGACCAAUCCGAGCUUGCAUGGCGCAUUCUCUCUCGUCGCUACGGCUCAGACCUGGUGUACACACCCAUGAUCAAUGCCAAACUGUUCGCCGACGAAAACAGCAAGAAGAAAAAGGUCAAAUAUCAAGAGGUCAACUUCAACCGCGAGCACGCGGAAGAAGGUGCGUCGUCUCCGAUCGCCUCCCUGCUCUCGAACGAAGGUGAAGGUAGUUCAAAAGAUACCGACCGACCACUGUUCGUUCAGUUCUGCAGCAACGAUCCAGAGACGCUGUUGAAGGCGGCGAAAGUGGUAGAGGAUAGGUGCGACGCGGUGGAUCUGAAUUUGGGCUGCCCACAGCAUAUCGCACGCAGAGGACAUUAUGGAAGCUAUCUCAUGGAGGACUGGUCGUUGAUUUUCUCAUUAAUCAACAUUCUGCAUGUGAACCUCAAGGUUCCCGUGACGGCCAAGAUGAGGGUGUACGAAUCCGUGGAGAAAACCAUCACGUACGCUAGGUUGCUCGAACGAGCAGGUGCGCAGAUCAUCACAGUGCACGGUCGAACACGCAACAUGAAGGGUCACUUGACCGGUCUGGCGGAUUGGGCCAAGAUCCGAGCGGUGAAAGAGGCGGUGAACGUGCCCGUGUUUGCCAACGGCAACGUGUUGUAUCCGCAAGACUUUUACGAUGCACUGGCAGCUACUGGGGCAGAUGGAGUCAUGAGUGCCGAAGGCAACCUGUACAACCCGGCGAUCAUGCUGCCAAACCCGCCCAAACAGCCGAGCGCUAUGUUUCCCAACGCACCCGAAUUGCCGUUGCCGUCGAUUGUCAAGAUGGCACACGAGUACCUGGAUAUCGUAUGUUCACUACGCACGCCCACGCAGAGCAGCGCGAUCAAAGCGCACCUCUUCCGUCUCUGCCGACCCGCUCUGGAAGUGCAUCGCGAUCUACGCGAACAGCUCGGAAAGUCGCAUUUUGACCACACAGCCAGUGGUGCAGACAAGAUCGUUACGUACCGAGCGUUUGUCGACGAGCUAGAGCGCAGGUUGCAAGUGGACAUGCACGAUGUCAAGUGGCUCACACAACCGGAACCUCCGCUGCCCGGGUCGGUAUCGCAUUUGACACAGCCGGGAGAAGGUCGUCCAGCAUACGUGCCACACUGGCUUGCUCAGCCGUACUUCCGACCACCGCUGGUGCACGAGGAGGACCAAAACGCAGAAGAUAAGCUCGCGCGGCAGAAGAGAGUCGAGGAAUCGGCCAAGCAAAAGCAGCGAACACCGCCGGUCGAUAUCGAUGAUCUGCAGAACAGUGACGAGCUCAACGUCAUCAACAAGCACGCUGACGAGAAGCAUACACACGCAAGGUCAGAAUCGGACAGCUCCGCGCACGCACUCGACCAAGAGAGCGCCGCUGAGAAGAAGCGCGCCAAGUUAGAGUAA